AUAAAACAAAAUAGUAACAUAGCAAAUGUUAUGCGUGUCAAAUGUCUUUAAAUACUACUACAAUAAUAUAAAUAUAAAAGUACGUAUCGUAAAGAAUAAUUAAAUGAUUGUUUACUUAUAAUACUGCAAGCAUUAAACAAUUUUGGAUGGGUUCACGAUGAUAAAUAAUACAAGGUAAAAAAUCAUCAGAAAAAUGUAUGAAAAUUUAUUUAAAAGCCCAUUACAUCGGGUUUUUCUUUAUGGAACAUUAAAACGUGGUGAACCAAAUCAUGACUUGAUACGUGAUACCGCAAAUGGUUAUGCAAAAUUUUUAGGAGUUGGUCGAACAGUCAAUAAAUAUCCUCUGGUUAUUGCUACAAAAUACAACAUUCCUUUUUUGUUGCACAAACCAGGAGUUGGACACCAUGUACUUGGAGAAGUUUAUGAUGUUGAUUCAAAAAUGCUUGAAAAAAUGGAUCAAUUAGAAGAACAUCCUACAUUUUACACACGAAUUGAAGAUGACGUUUUAUUAGCUCCAGAUAAACCUAAUUUUGAGUUUGAUGAUGGGAUUUCAUGUGCUACAAGGGCAGGAAUAUACUUUUUACCCAAAUUUAAAGAUUCAUUACUAGAAAAACCCAUGUAUUCUAACUACAGCAGCGAGGGAAGUCAUGGAUUAAAAGCCAAAUUCAUCGUAGCGGCGUCCCUUGUUGAUUCCAUUAGUAAAAAUCAAGGAAAAUUUAAGAGCUGUUUAAAAUCAUUUAUCAAUUUGCAGUGAAUAAUUCUAAUGGAUAAGCAAGAAAUGUUGAAAAAUUUCUUUACUAUGUAUUAACAUAAUACAGAAAAAAAUGUAUUAACAGCGUUAAUUAAAAAAAAUGGAAAUUUUUAUAGAUCGAUUCUAAAUUAAUCUGUAGAUUUAUAUAA